AUUUUUAUUUUUUAGUCCUUUUUAAAAAUACAUUUAACUUUAAAAAGUAUUAAUUUGAUGUUAUUUCUAAUAUUUUUCAAUAACUUUGAUAUAUUGAUGUUAAAAAUAAAAUAAACAUUUAAACAAAAUAAUUUUAAUGUAUUUUUGAGUGAAAAAUACUUUUUAAAAACAUGCACUACAACACCAAGCACACACUUAGAUAAUAUUUGAGAUUGUGAUAAUAUUUUUUAAAAAUAUAUUUUUGAUAUCAUCAUAUUAAAAUAAUAAAAAAAACAUAAAAAAUAUUAAUUUAAAGGAAUUUUUUUAAAAACAUUUCAAAAACACUUUUUAACUGCAAAAUAAGCAUUCUAUUAUAUCAGUGAUCUCUACUCGAAUUUUUAAUUAACAUAUUGCAAUUGUAAAUAAUUCAUUCAACUAACAUCAUAGUAGAGUUGAAUUUUACUACUAAUUAUUAGCAUUAAAACAUCCCGCGCUUUCGAAGCCAAGACAAAAAUUUGAAUUCAGACAGCGGCUCUCACUCAAUCACGCCCACUUUGCCAUCUGUCCUUGACCUUUCAGACACAACAAAAACCCCACCUUUCUUGGUGUCCUCUUAACUUGUUCUUCCCCUCCUUCUCUCCUUGUCCUAAAGACUCAAUCUUUAAUGGCUUCCCGCUACAAUUCAUACGAUUCAAGGUCCUCAACUUCCUCUUACUUCUCAGACCCAUCUUCAUCCACUGAGCUAAGCUACAAACACUCAACUUCACGCGCAAUAAUCAAGUCCAAACCAGCAUAUUUGUCAAAAAUCAAGGUAAAAAACGAUGGAAAUGAUCACAAUUUAAGCACAAUGGUGAAGAAAUUCAUGGAGAAGAAGUCAGUAUCUUCCACGUCGAGUAAAGGGUCAUCAAGUAAGGGUGUGGGGUUGGUGAUUCCAUCGGAUUUAAUAGCUGAGGACUUGAAAAAGACUGCAAGGAAAGGGACUGCUUUUAUGGGGUUGCAGAAGAAGUUAUUUGGGAAGGAAAAUAAGAAGGAGAUGAAGGGAGUGAAGGCGUUGACGGAUGCAAAAGUGAAUAGUAAUACAAGGACUUUAGCUAUGGUUUUGAAGAGUGAGAGAGAGCUUUUGAGUGCUAAUAAAGAACAAGAGUUGGAGAUUCAUAAGCUUAAGUUGAUGCUUGAAGACAAGAACAAGGAAGUUGAGAAGUUGAAAGAUUUGUGCUUGAAUCAAAGACAAGAGAUCAGGUCAUUAAAAAGUUCAAUACUUUUUCCUGAUACAAUGAAUUCUCAACUUCAAGAGUUACUAGAGCAGCAAGGAUCAGAAUUGAAGCAAGCCAAACAACUCAUUCCAACUCUUCAGAAGCAGGUCACUUCCCUUACAGGUCAAUUGCAAUACCUUGCAGAGGAUCUUGCUGAGGUGAAGGCAGAUAAAUAUGGAAGGGCAUGCAUCCAAUAUCCUGGCAGCUCACCGGGAACACCAUCAUAUGACCAUGAAGAAACUGCUAAUUCCUUGGAAUUUAGCUCUUGCGAUGGUGCAACACCGGGUAGUCCAAAUGACAUGCUUCUCAAGGAUUUAAAUCCAUGUUUAACACCCUAUUGUGCCGAGAAAAAAUCCAAGGAAUUUGAGACAAUGGGCUAUGACUCUUCUCUUGAUGUAAGCUUAUCUGAGAGCAAUACGCAAACUAGCAAUGAACUUAGCUUCAGUUCUCGUCUGAGGAAGUUAUCCAAUAGUUCAGACUUUUACCAGAACUCCAGCUCAGGAAGCACAAUGACCCGAUCAACUCGCAGGUCAGAUGAAAGCAAAGGAGCAUACAGAAAGCAAACCCAACAAAGACAUUUCUAGCAUCCUACCGGUCAUUCUGUUCUCAUGGGGCAUAUAUGUAUCAACUGAUGCUUUUUUUGUACUUUUUUUUAUGAUGAUUAUGGACUAUAGUAUUAUUGUUGCAAUAUCUCCUGGAUGUAAAUGUUGUUGUCUAAGCACUUGAAUAAGGGGUGCAAAGCCAUAUAUGUGUGAGUGGAAAAACAUGUUAUAGGAUAUGCUGUAGGGUUGUGCUAUGGUAUUAGUCUACAGCUAUUUUUGUUUAAAAAGUCAUGAGCUUGGAAAGGAGUAUUUUGGUAGCUCAAA